GCAAUUUGCAAGUGUAAUCUGGUUAAAAAAAGUUAUCCAGACAGGGUCUGGGUAGAGUUUGCGAUAAAAGCUAGAAGCUGCUUACGUUAAGGCAAAGAUAAGAUGAAAAUCUGGACUCCUGCUUUUGGAUUUUUUCUUGGCUUGAAGCAAUAAACCAACACACUCACUCACACGCGGAGUGUGUGUUCUUUUGCAUAACAAAUUUCAGUGUCAUGAAGUGAUUAAUGAUGAGGAUGAUGAGAUGAUGAUGAUGAUUAGCAGAAGCAACUGACUAUGAGCUCACUAUAUAACUGCCCCACUACUCUUUCUCUCCUCAUCACAACCUGCGACUGCGACUGCCCUUUUUCUCUCUCACACAGACACGCACAGAAAAUACAAAAAGUCGGAGUGAAGACUUUCCCUGGUUGACCAUUUCCAGCCAGCACAUACACUGGAUACAAUAAGGAGAGAAUGGGUGCAAUUACUCUGUUGCGCAGGAUUCUGCUUUUCUUUUUCAUUUUGCUGAGUGCUUUAUAUCAAUCUUGUGCAACUGGGAUUGGAGCAAACCAGACCAUUUCGCUUUUUGUAAAUGCCUCUGAAGCAUCAGCAAAGAAGAUACCAGAGACCUUGUUUGGUAUAUUUUUUGAGGAGAUUAACCAUGCUGGAGCUGGAGGAUUAUGGGCGGAGCUUGUUAGCAACAGAGGUUUUGAAGCUGGGGGGCCCAACACGCCUUCGAAUAUUGAACCUUGGUCUGUCAUUGGGGAUGAAUCAUCUUUAAUUGUGUCAACAGACCGGUCAUCAAGCUUUGAUCGAAAUAAAAUUGCAUUGCGAAUGGAGGUGCUUUGCGGCCAUGAAGGCACAAUGUGUCCAGCCAGUGGAGUUGGUAUAUACAACCCUGGCUUCUGGGGAAUGAAUAUUGAACAAGGGAAGACCUAUAAGUUGGUUCUUUAUGCUCGUUCAUUAGGACCAAUUAAUGUGUCUGUGUCACUGACUGGUUCAACUGGAUUGCAGUUGGCUGCCACUAACAUUGUUGCUUCUGAUGUUUCAAAUUGGACUAAGCUGGAGGCUGUUUUGCAAGCCAAAGGAACUGAUGCAAACUCAAGACUUCAACUGACAACGACCAGGAAGGGUGUCAUAUGGUUUGAUCAAGUGUCAUUAAUGCCCACAGACACAUACAAGGGACAUGGUUUUCGGAAUGAUCUUUUUGAGAUGGUGAAGAAUAUGAGACCAGCAUUUAUUAGAUUUCCAGGUGGUUGUUUUGUUGAAGGUGAAUGGUUAAGGAAUGCAUUUCGCUGGAAAGAAACUAUUGGGCCAUGGGAGGAAAGGCCGGGGCACUUUGGUGAUGUUUGGCAUUACUGGACUGAUGAUGGACUUGGUCAUUUUGAGUUUCUCCAGCUUGCAGAGGAUUUGGGUGCAUUACCAAUAUGGGUUUUCAACAAUGGAGUCAGCCACAAUGACGAAGUUGAUACUUCCAGCAUCUCACCUUUUCUUCAAGAAAUUCUGGAUGGUAUUGAGUUUGCUAGAGGUGAUCGUGAUUCAAAAUGGGGUUCUGUUCGAGCAGCAAUGGGGCACCCAGAACCCUUUGAUUUGAGAUAUGUUGCAGUGGGAAAUGAGGACUGUGGAAAGAAAAAUUACCUGGGUAACUACCUUAAGUUCUAUUCUGCAAUAAAAAGUGCAUAUCCAGACAUCAAAAUAAUAUCAAAUUGUGAUGGUUCUUCCCAACCAUUGGACCAUCCAGCUGAUUUAUACGAUUAUCAUAUUUAUAGCAGCGCAAAUAAUGUCUUUGCUUCGGCACAAAAAUUUGAUAAAGCAUCACGAAAUGGUCCAAAGGCUUUUGUGAGUGAAUAUGCUGUCACUGGAAAUGAUGCGGGCAAGGGUAGUCUUCUAGCAGCUCUGGCCGAAGCUGGGUUUCUUAUUGGGCUCGAAAAGAACUGUGAUGCUGUCGAAAUGGCAAGUUAUGCGCCUUUAUUUGUGAACACCCAUGACAGAACGUGGAACCCAGAUGCAAUUGUAUUUGACUCGUCCCAGGCCUACGGAACACCUAGUUACUGGAUGCAGCAUUUUUUCCGGGAGUCUAAUGGUGCCACUCUCCUUAGUUCUACCCUUCAACCUAACCCUUCAAGUUCUCUUAUUGCUUCUGCUAUUACUUGGAAAGAUACAGAGGAUAACAAACACCUGAGGAUAAAGGUGGUAAAUUUUGGAAGCAAUAGCGUGAUUCUUCAAACAUCGAUCGUGGGUUUGGAGGUGAACUCAUUACAAUCCUUUGGGUCGACCAAGACUGAGCUAACAUCUAGCAAUGUUAUGGAUGAGAAUUCUUUCAAAGUGCCCAAUAAGGUGGUGCCUGUCAAAACUCAGCUGGACGACGUUGGUGAGGAAAUGGACGUCGUGCUUUCUCCACAUUCUGUGACGUCCCUUGACUUUGUAAUAAACUCAGACAAUAUCAGAAUUUUCGGGUCUGAUGCAGUUGAUAAAUCUCCGUACUGAAUGAUACCGACUGUUAUAAGAAAUUGAUAUUCAAUAAAUUAAAAUGGCAAGUUAACUGGCAUGCAUGGUGUUUGUAGCAGCCAAAGCUACUUCCGUUGAGCAUAUACUUCUGUUCAGAAUUAUCAAAGUAAGAUGCAUAUCUAUAUGUACAAGUUUGCUACC